AUAUUGGAAAAGUGCUGGGGAAGGAGGACAGUCAGUGUGGUGUACCAGUGGCCUUCAACCCAUGGGUCAGGUUGUGGAGCCUCAGUCGCUGGUCACAAGCCACUUUCCUAGAGCCACCAUUUUGUGCUGCCUUUUUGAAGGUUCUGCUGCUUGUGCACAUGCAUAGAGAGCAAGGGUGCCAUGCCUCUUGCGUCUCUUUGUACUCAUGCUGAGAGGAGCAGCAGGGUAGUAAAGUGAGGUCACCUAGCAGUGGAGAGGAUUCCUCUAGGGUUCUGACCCUUGGUGUGCCGCUCAUUGUGGAAGCUUUCAAGUGCUUGUCUUAUGUAUCCUGUCCCUGGAUCACUUGAUCUGCUGCCCAUGGUCCUGGCCUUGACACUUGGUGAAGUUAUAACCCUUUAUCUUGGCGUAUGACUUUGUCAUAUGCUGCAACCUGUGGAUUAAAGGUAAGAAAGGUCAAAGACCACUGUUUUAUACCAUGGAGUUGUCUGAAGAAGUGCAAACCUGUUCACACACAUUUGCUCUCUUUCUAUGGCUAAUUGUGCAGGUCUGCCAUGCACAAAAUUAAGCAUUUUGCACAUUUCAACAUAAGCAUUAAUAAUGACUUUGUGGCAACAUUCAGAAAGCUUAUUCUUGGACUUGGUAGCAUCUGCACAUAGCUGGCUGACCACUGCAUAGAGAGGACAAAUGCAAAUAGCUAUCCAUGCAUAAUAUUUGUGUGAAUUGCCUUUGUGUCUCAAGUGUCUUGGAUAGUUGUAUAACACUUGAACAGUUGAGCACCUGGGAUCUGUUGCAUUGAGGGUUAGUUCCUGUGCUGUUGUUUCAUAUAUAGUUGUCUUUACCAGAUCAGACCAGUGGCCCAUCCAUUGCAGCCCUGUUUACCCUCUCAGUAGCUCUCCCGAGUUUUGGACACUGCUGCCUUGUAUUCUAUUUAGCGAGAGAUGCUGGAGAUUCAAUUUGGGGUCUUCUGCAUGCCAAGAAUGUGCUCUCCCAUGGCACGUGUUCAUCUUAAGGCAACCAUUUCAGGUCAGGUCUGGAUCAGAGCAAUGCCUGGACACAAAAUCAUUUGGAAAACUCUUGAACACUGCUUUGAAUUUCAUGGGAAAGUAGCAAGAUGUAAUUUAAAAACAAAAACAAAUCCUGAGUUGUGGCUCCUGUUUUUGCUGUUGGAAGUCAAAAGAAAUGGAUUGCAGGAUCAGACCAAUGAUCCCUCAAUAACAGCAUCCUGUCUGCCAAGAGUGGCCAGUCAGAUGCCUUGGAGAAGUUCACAAACCACGCAUGUUGGCAGUCUUAGUUUCCUGUUGUUAAUCCCAACAUCUUAUCAUCGGCAAAUGCAACCUAUGUUGGCUCUGCUUCUCAUCAAGUUUUUGGAGAGAGUGCUGCAGCCAUCCUGCCAGGUCACAUGUUUGGAAAGCAUACGCAUCCUCUCCAGGGACAAAAGCUGUCUUGACCCUUUUUCAACCAUGGAAAGCCUGAAGACGCUAGCUAGGCAUGCUGGUAUUGAUUAUACAGAAGAACAAAUUCGGGAGGUUCCAGACCUGGAUGUGAUCCUGGAGGCACUUAAGUGUCUGUGCAAUGUGGUCUUCAGCAGCCAUGAGGCCCAAGAGUUGGCCUCUGAAGCCCAGCUUGUGGUGGGCCUCACAGAACGCAUCAAACUCUACAAUGAAAGAAACCUCCCCCAUGAAAUCAAAUUUUUUGACUUACGUCUUCUCUUUUUGCUGACCGCACUAAGGUUGGACAUCCGGCAGCAGUUUGCGCAGGAACUCCGGGGCAUUGGUCUGAUGACGGAUACCCUAGAGCUUACACUGGGAGUGAAGUGGAUAGACCCUCAUGAGGUGGCUGCUGAGGAGAACCCUGCCAUGCUCUUGCCUCGAGAGGAGGUGGAGCGUGCCAUGGAGAUCCUGAAGGUGCUCUUCAAUAUCACUUUUGACACCAGCAAGAGGGAGGUCGACGAGGAAGAUGCUGCUCUAUACCGGCACCUAAGUGCCCUUCUCCGCCAUUGCCUGAUGAUUUCAGCAGAUGGUGAGGACCGAACCGAAGAAUUUCACAGCCACACAGUGAACCUCUUGGGCAAUCUGCCUCUCAAGUGUCUGGAUGUCCUGCUGCUACCCAAAGUGCAGCCAGGCUCGCUUGAAUACAUGGGAGUCAAUAUGGAUGCUGUCAAUGUUCUGCUGGACUUCCUCGACCGCCGCCUUGACAGGGGUCACAAGCUUAAGGAGAGUCUGACUCCUGUGCUGAACUUGCUGACUGAGAGUGCCCGGGCCCACCGACAGACAAGGAAGUUCCUUAAAGCUAAGGUGCUACCCCCACUGCGUGAUGUGAAAAAUAGGCCUGAGGUGGGGAAUUUGCUGAGGAAUAAGCUUGUGCGCCUCAUGACUCACAUUGACACUGACGUGAAACACUGUGCUGCAGAGUUCCUCUUUGUUCUCUGCAAGGAGAGUGUGGCACGGUUUGUGAAGUACACAGGUUAUGGGAAUGCUGCUGGGCUCCUGGCAGCACGAGGCCUCAUGGCUGGUGGCCGGGCAGACAGUGAAUACUCUGAGGAUGAAGAUACUGAUACAGAAGAGUACAAAGAAGCAAAGUCCAAUAUUAACCCAAUAACUGGACGUGUGGAAGAGAAACUUCCCAAUCCAAUGGAGGGGAUGACAGAAGAGCAGAAGGAGUUGGAAGCAAUGAAACUAGUGAACAUGUUUGACAAACUCUCCAGACAACAAGUCAUCCAGCCAAUGGGUGUGACUCCAGAGGGCAAUCUGACUGCUCUCCGUUUAACCUCAAUGGAGGAUGCUGUUCAGCCAAUAGAUGAGGAGACAGCAUCACAUGACUCUGAUUUGGAAUUGGACUGAACGGUCACCUUUUCCCUAAAAAUCUAGGGACCUUCUACUCUCUCUCCAUGAGCGGUGCUGUACCAAGAGACUAGUUCCAGGAAAGGACUCUGUGGGCUGGAGAUCCAUUGCCUAGACUGGUGUAACAUCUGCCUUUUCUCUAGACCUAUAAGUACUGCUUCCCCAGAGAGCUCUUCACAGUUUAGCUCUGUCGUGGUCUCUUCCCCUCAAUGUCCAUAAGAGUCUCACACUCUCAUUCACUCCCAGGACUUUCCAGUAGGAAUCUUAUGAAGAUUGUAUAGGGAGGAGCGGGAAGGGCAGUCUCAUUACACCAAAAGAGCUAUUGCACUUAAGGUGUUGUGAAUGCAGUAUGUGCAGAUACUUGUGAGAGAAGCAAAUGUGGUAUACAUGCAUAGAAGGGGGGGGGGGUGUCUGCAGGUAGAGGUAUGUGUUGAUACUUGUGCCAAGCACGUAUGUAGCAACCAUGCUUAUGUACUUGUUUUUAAGAAUACAUGGGUAUACUGAAGACAUGAUUGGAAUAUACUGUAGGAUUGAGAACCAGGCUAAACCUGCAUUUUUUACAUAUGUUACAUUAAACUGUAUACAGCUGGAAGUUUACGUGGAAUGUGUAAGCAAUGUGACACAUUAUGGAUGUACAGAAACAUGUAGGUAAGUAUAAGUGUGCAAAAAUACAUGUAUGGGGGAAAUGUCAAGAAUAUGUGGGUAAUGUGAGAAACUGAGAAAUGUCCUUUGUUCAUACAAACAUCCAUCCAGAUAACGGGGUCAGAAAGCCUUUGACCCUUAGAGAGUCUAUGACAUUGUGCUGUUCCUCUUUCUACCAUGUUUAGUUUUCUGAACUCUCCUCACUUUUUUGUGCUUGCCAGACAAAAAAAGCAGUGACAAAUUGCUUGAUUGCACUCUGUCUGCUUCUGUCCCAAGUUUCUAUUGCAUUCAGUGUUCACAGGUUGCUUUAGGUAAUCACAUCAUUCAUUCUGAUUUUAGACUUUUCUGUUGAAAGAAGCAAUCCCAUCUUCCAACUUGUUUCCACUUUACCAGCAAUUUCUGAAUUUAGCACAAAUAUAAAUGAAAGCUUUUCACUAGGAUAAAAUAAAUCUUCAGAUAACAAUGUG